AUGGCGGCAACACAAAUAGAAAUAGAAUCCUACGUUAUCGAUCAAAUACGUUGUCCUGAAUGCGCUCAGACAUGUCUUCAGAAGAAUAUCUAUCGACAUAUGACUCAAAUGCAUCAGUGGGCGGUGGAGGACUGCAAAGCUCUGGUCGCCGCCAUCCGUACCGAGAAGAAGAGUCGUGAAUCGAAGACGUCGUUUGUCUGUUCCUACUGUAGAGUGUUGUUCAGAAGUGUUAGACACCUUGUGCAGCAUAAACGAAUUUGCGCCUCACAACCUCAUCUUACAAACGGCGAGGAGAACGAGGAGGAUCUAUUUCUUGACGAAAUGAUCGUCGAGGGCGAAGAAGAGGUCGGAUACCCAGAUUCUGCCCAAGAGGAUUCUGAGAAGCCGUCUACGUCGUCUUCAUUCGAUCUAGCGGUGCCACCGCAUAGACAGACCGCUCGGCCGAUCCCACCACAUCAUUUACCGCCGGAAAGACUCUCGCUCUCAUCAAUCGAUAAACCACUGAAAUUCCCACUCCAAUCAUCUGGAUCCUCACCAUCCAAGUUUCCACUAAGUGGACGUCAUCGUGGAUCUCAUCUGAAGUGUCCGGAGUGUACGACGACCGCCGAAUCACUCGAAGAAUUCAUAGCUCAUUGUCGAGAGAAACACGAAUCGGCUGAUAGAAUGUUUACGGUGGAGAGACGGCUGUUUGAUUCGAAAGAGGAGUUUAAGAAAUGGUUCGAUCAACGUCAAGAGGACACGUGUACUUCGCUGACAAAGCGUACCGGACACGGCGGUGAGACACUGUAUCGAUGCCACCGCGUCGGCAAGUAUCGAAGUGUCGCCAAAUCGCGAAAAUCGAAUCCGAGGAAGAUCGAUCAGACGUGUACCGCCUAUUUGAAGGUGACUACCGACGAGACUGGAAACACGUGGGUCAACGGCUGCUUCACACACAUUGGACACGAUCUCGAUCACAAACUACUUUGGCUCACAGAGACUCAGGAGAACUACGUUCGAGAGCUCAUCGAUCUCUCGUGGUCAUCCGAUCAGAUCUUCUUCUACAUUCGAAACGAGUAUAGAGACUACGAGUGCAAACUGAAAUACGUGUCGAAAAAUGAUAUUAGAAACAUCACUGUCCGCUACAACCGCGAAAAGGAGAAACUCGGUUGGGGAGACCGUAAACCUGACAAAUCGCUUGUCGAUGCGAAUUCUGAGAAUCAAGAGCAGUCAGAAGACCCGAAACAAGCGGAAAAUCGCGAGGAAACCGAAGAAAACGAGGUGAAAUCAAAGAUUCCACGUAUUGAGAAGCCAGAAGACGUCGGGACGAAGCCAGUGGAGCAUUCUGAAGACGUGGCGAAGCCAGCGGAGGAAUACGUGGAAGAUGAUGCUGAAAGAAAUCCGGACGAGCCACCGUCGGGAUACGUAAUGGAGGAGAUUGUCGAGGGAGAAGAAGUGGAUCCGUGUACUAUAGUGACGGAAGAGGAAGAAUAUAUCAAUGUGGUGGACGAUGAUUCGAUGCCAGAGUUGGAGAAAAUUAAUUAA